AUGAAUGCAUCAAUUCAUUCUGAUUAUGAAUAUAUAAAUGAAAAUGAAAUUGAUAAUGAACUUAAAUGUGUUAUUUGCCAACAACCACUUGAAUUUCCUGUAAGUCUAUUAAUAUGUAAUCAUACAUUUUGUAAAGAAUGUAUAAAAAAAUGGCUUUAUAAAAAUCAAACAUGUCCAAUUUGUCGACAAAUUACAAGAUAUCAUUUCGAAAAAAAUAAUCAAUCAUUUGAACAAUUUUUAUAUGUUCCAAUUAAUACUCGAAUAGUACUUAAUCAACUUGAUCGUCUUCUUGUUCGAUGUUUACGUUGUAAUGAAAUAAAUAUUCAACGAUGUCAUUGGAAAAAUCAUGAAAAAAAUUGUUCGAAAAGAAUUGUAUGUUGUCCAUCGGCUGAUAUUAAAUGUCCAUGGAAAGGAUCACAAGAUAUACUUUCAAUACAUUUAAAUAAUUGUUCAUUUCAACAAGUACGUCCAAUUAUUAAUGAACUUAUAAAUGUAUUAAAUUUAACUCGAAUAAAACAAAUUGAAUUAGAAAAUCAUAUCAAUAUACUUGAAAGAAAAGUUAGUUUUCUUCUUAAAUUUAUUAAUAAUGGAAAUAUAAUGAUACAAAAUGGUACGAAACCAGAAAAUGAAUUCAAUCGAACUCAUCAAUUUAUUUGUUAUCUUUGUAAUCGAUAUAUAGAACAUGAACAAAUUUUACUUCAUGAUUGUUCAGGAGAUUGUAUUUGUCGUUCUUGUGUUAAUUCUCAAUAUUUUGAUCGUUUUCAAACAUGGAAAUCAUCAAAUGAACAAUAUGUGUCAUCAGAUUCAGAGAACAUUAUUGAUUGA